AUGACACUGCCUGUGCCUGAGGACGGGAACAUCCACCUCAGCUUCAGGGUCCAGGAUCAUGUGGACAAGCUGAUUAUCAAGCAGACCAUGAUGAAGGCUAUCUCCUUGUCUCUGGAGCUCCCUACAUGCAUAAUACUUGGAGAAGAAAUUGUUCUGGAGAUUGUCCUUUUCAACAAUCUGCAACAAGACAUGGAGGUAUUUGUGGUUCUGGAGCACAGUGAACUAUUUGAAUUUAUAGUGGAAGACAUUGACGUGAACAGUCGAACAGUGUUAGCUGGUGGUCAGAGCAGUGCCACUGUUCUCUUUCCCAUAAGACCCAUCACUGUCGGAGAGAUUGCUGUAUCAGUGGAGGCAACUGCCCUGGCAGGUUUUGAUCAGUUUGUGGGAAAAAUUCAUGUAAAGCCAGAGGGCGUUGCACAGCUCAUAUCUCAGACUCUGUUUCUGGAAGUGCCGCCGACAGAACGCAGUCUGAGCAGACGAAUACAGCUCUCUCUCCCAGCAGGCCUGGUGCCGGACAGUCAGAGAGCUCAUGUGUCUGUGUUCGGUGAUAUCCUGGGUCCAUCCAUCGCGGGCCUGGAGAAUCUUGUUCAGAUGCCCACUGGGUGUGGAGAACAGAACAUGAUCCAUUUUGCUCCAAAUGUUUAUUUACUGAAGUACCUCUCUACCCUGUCACAGACGUAUGAGGAUCUUCAGAGAAAAGCCUUGGCAUUCAUAAGGGAAGGAUAUCAACGAGAGCUCUCUUAUCUUAGAGAAGACGGCUCCUUCAGCGCCUUUGGAGAGAGAGACUCCUCUGGAAGCACAUGGUUAACAGCAUUUGUUGUGAGAUGUUUCCUGCAGGCCAGGCCAUUCAUGCAGAUAGACCAGGGUGUGAUCUCCAAGGCCAUGUCCUGGUUGGUCAGUCAGCAAACCCCUCAGGGAAGUUUCACUGAACCAGGGACAGUGAUCCACACUCAGUUACAGGGAGGGCUGAAUGGAAAUGUGUCACUCACUGCAUAUGUGCUCAUUGCCCUCCUGGAGGAUCAGUUCCACAAGGACAUGUUUCAGGACAGCACAUCUAAAGCGCAAGAGUUUUUAGAAGAGAUGCUGUGGUCUGGGAUCUCCAGUAACUACACUCUGUGUCUGGUGGCUUAUGCUCUGUCUCUGGCUAACAGCCCCAGAGCACCAACUGCGCUCACAGAACUGAGGAGAGUAGCAGAGAGUACAGAUGGUGUCAUAUCCUGGACUACUUCUGACUCUGAUCUGGCAGACUCAUGGCAGGCAGCGUCCACGAGCAUUGAGAUGGCCUCCUAUGUGCUCCUUACUCUCUUCAAGCAGGCAAACAUUGUAGAGGGCAUUGCUUUGAUGAAAUGGCUCAGCAGACAGAGAAGUCAUCUGGGUGGCUUUGGCUCCACACAGGACACAGUCAUAGCUCUCCAGGCUUUGUCUCUGUUUGCAGCCUUUAGUGGCUCACAAGCCAUUAAUCUCACCAUUGGAGCCACUUUCACCACUUCCCACAUUGAGGCAAACUUUACCAUCAACUCCACUAACUACUUACUCCACCAAAGUCAGGAGGUGGAGACUGGAAAAGAAAUAUCUGUGGACAUUUUUGUGGAGGGAAGAGGCUUCGCUCUGUUUCAGGGCGAAGGGCAGUGA